UUCAAUGCAGACAGAAGUCAGAAUAUACACCGGGAUACAACUUUCCAGAAAAAAAAAAAUGCCAGAAUAGGUGGACUGGCUCCUUUGUUUGUAGUUUGCUUUUGUUCCGGCUGAUUUUUCAAUAGUCCUUGGAAAAAAGAAAAAAAAAGUUCAGCGCAAGCAAAACCUUCGACUUCGUUUCCUUUUAGUUUGAAAGAAGAAAGCGGAAGCGGAAAACACUGCCCCGCCCCUAUAAUGGCCUGCAAGAUGGCGGCCGGCUGACUCCGGCUUCGUGUCCGACUCGCUCUGACGGUCCCAGCCGAAGCCGAAGCCGAGUUGCCGUUCGGCGGCUAUGAGGCGCGGAUGCCUCGCGUGAACCGGACGGCGCUCCUGGCGCUGCUGGCCGCGAGCAGCUGCGUCUUCCUUCUCUUUCAGCUGCGGUACUACCGGAACUACGUCACCAAGGCCGGCCCGGCCGUCCCGAGACGCGCGGCGGGUCGAGGGAGCGCCGGCGACCUCCAAUGGCAAAGCGUGAAGAGCUUCCUGCGGCUGUCGCGGCGGUUCCGCCUGCCGCUGUUCUUGGCCGACCCCGCCGUCCUCGGGUCUCUGGAGGGCGAGCCGGGGGCCGGCUGCGGCCUCCGGUGCGGCGGGCGAGCCGUCACGUCCUUCGGGCUGCUGGCCGGCGCGCGGACGUACGACGCCGCCUUCCUAUUGGCCGCCGAGAAGAAAGGUUUCCAGGUGCUGGAGGUGCGAGGAGAAGACCCCCGCUUGGCCAGCUUAGACCUCCUGUCCGGGGAGGACAUCCCCCUGCAUCUUGUGCUCCGCCUCCACGGCUACUUCAUCCAGCUGGUGAUCUUGUACGAGCGUAGCGGCGACUACUUGUGGCACGGCCCGCUGCGCCUCAAAGCCGACGCCGACCGCGGCUUCGCGCCCUUCUCGCUGAUGGACUUCGGCCGCCACGCCGGCGCCUACGACAGGCCCCGGCUGGUACCGACGGCGGUGGACGGCCUGGACGUCGCCGUCCCAGGGAACGUCUCGGACUUCCUGGCUCAGCAUCGGCGCGCUCGCUUUUUGGAAUGCCGCUACCGGGACGCGCGGCACUUCCUGCAGCUCUACCCCGACGAGCCGUCCCCCGAGGCGCUGGACUUUCGUAACAAAGCCAAGUCUUUGCUGCGGUCUGCCGCCGAAACGCUGACGCGUCUGCGGGUGCCCUUCUGGAUCAGCAGCGGGACCUGCCUAGGCUGGUUCCGGCAGUGCGGCUUCAUCCCGUACAGCCGCGACGUGGACAUCGGGAUCUUCAUCGGAGACUUCCGGCCCGACAUGGUCGCGGCCUUCCGGGACGCGGGCCUGGCGCUCAAGCACAAGUUCGGCAAGGUGGAGGACAGUCUGGAGUUGUCUUUCGUGAGGGACGGCGUCAAGCUGGACGUCUUCUUCUUCUACCGCGACGGCCACCUGAGCUGGAACGGCGGCACGCAGGCCAAGAGCGGCAGAAAGUUCAAGUACACCUUCCCGCACUUCUCGCUGUGCUGGGCCGAGCUGGCCGAGGUCCGAGUGGGAGUCCCGUGCCAGACGCUGGACUACGUGACGGCCAAUUACGGGGCCGCGUCGUGGCGCGUCCCGCUGAGGGCGUGGGACUGGAAGUCGUCGCCCAGCAACGUCCAAGAAAACGGGGUGUGGCCGCUCCGGGACUGGGACCGGCUCAUUCAGGUCUAUUGAACCCAAAUGAGGAGAGGGGAGAGGGAAAAAAAAAAAAAAAGGCCGCAAAGCGCCGCCGGUGAAUAUUAAAUGAAAUGUUUAAACGGGCGGCGCGGUGGCUCAGCUGGGAAAGCUUUGGCCUCACAGUUCUGAGGUCCCGGGUUCAAUCCCAGACCCGCCUGUGUGGAGUUUGCAUGUUCUCCGCGUGCCUGCGCGGCUUUUCUACGGUUUCCUCCCACAUCCCAAAAACAUGCGACGUGAGUUGGACCCUCAGAAUUGCCCCCCAGGUGUGAUUGCGAGUGCGGCUGUUUGUCUCCGUGUGCCCGCCUCCUGCCCGUUGACAGCUGGGAUAGGCUCCAGCGCUCCUCGUGAGGAUAAGCGUUGAAGAACAUGGAUGGAUGUUGAAAUGCACGAGUGCAGCACAUUUCUGUACACGUAUGUCGGAGUUAAGGGUGUCAUUUUUAUUAUUUUGGUGGAAGUUUAUUUUUUUUUGUAAUGAUCUGUGAUUUUCGUGCACGAUAAUUUCUCUUGGACUGGUGUUUAUUUGCUCUGUAAAUAAAAAAGUUGACUCGC